GAUAAAUAGAUAUUUCAAUUGAUUAAAAAAGCCUCAAACUCGACUACAGAAACAUACACAAAUACAAUUGAAAACACCUAACUAGCUUAUGCAAAGACAGACUCAAAUUAAAUCAAGCCCUAAUCUCUAAUGGAUAUUCGACCCAUGUACCAUGACCCCACUUGGAAGAGAAUGCAGCAGCUCCAAAGCGCCGCAACUGGGCUAGCCUUUCGUCGGUGCUGGAGACACUUACAGAGCCAGAACGACUAACAAAAAUAGAGAAUCUCCCGCUAUAGUUGUCAUGCAUAACUUUCUUUCUAAACGAAGAUCAAAGGAAACCCUCUAGCCAUUUUCGUCUUCCAGAGCUUCAAGGGAGUCGAACUACACCCCAGGCCGAGGGAAAGCAGGAUACCAUCAGAGCAUCUCAAAACUAACAGAGGAAGGAGGUGGCAGACACUUUGGCGAUCUUCUCUUGACUUUCCGGCCUACACUAUACCCAGCGAGAGGUACCAACCUCACCCAAGGAGAACAACCUCUCGUUAUGAGAACCGAGAUGUCGCACCAUCCACACCAGAGAAAAAUUUCCAGAGAGAUAUGGCUCUUUUUUUUUUGGCCUUUGAUGCUUAUAAAAUCUCUAGCCUUGUCUUGGCGUUUGGAAUAUCAUAGUCGGAAUCGUUAAAAACAAAGGCAAAUGUGGGUCCCACACGAAGAUCUUCCAGUUGCACCGCCAGAUAUCAACAUUAUGUGGGCCCAAAAUGCUUACGUGUAGCGCUUGGGAUGUAAUAGGGAGACGGAAGGCAAACUUUUGUGCUUAUGCUUGCUGUGCUGGGUAAAGGGGAAUUCUUGCUGGCUGUUUCGUUGCCAUUUCUACUCGUCUGCGUCUCUGUUCUCUCUCUCGUAAGUCAACAGACUCAAAACUAUGGGUUCCAGCAAUAGCAGGCUAGGUUCAAGCCCUUCCAGGCCAGGGCUUAAGCGCAGAUUCCUCUCUUCUCUGUUUUGUGGCUCCUCUGUUUCUCACUCUCCUAUUGAGAUGGGAGAUCAUAUGGAUGAAUCGUCAACAGAGUCUCCUCAAAACUUGACUCCGCCUCAUCAUGUGUCAGUUUGCUCCAAGCAGCAGUCAUCUUCGACCUUUCAACUGGGAACUGGGUUGAGUGGUUUCCGCACUGAGACUGGAAGCAGUAGUGAUUCUAUUGAGGAUGCUUCCUUCACACAUAGUUUUAGUGAUCAUUCUGAGAAUUCAGAAUUACAUUCUCAGCAGGUCAAUGUUAAUGAGUGUCUCGUGGAAAGUCAUCUAGAUGGUACUUCCUUAAAAGGUCAGCCACCCAUGGAAUCACUAUCCGCUGAUGCACUACUCACAAGCAAUGUGGGUCAGGAUACUGGAAAUCUGCAUUCAGAAUCAGAGACCGUAGCAGAUGCAAGUAUCGAAGGCUAUACAGCUGAGUCUGGUCCUGAUGUUUCUGGUCCCUUAGUAAAUUCUCAACCACUUCCAACAUUUCUCUUAUCUUUGGGGGAACAAGGUCCAAUAGGCAUGGGCGUGCUCUUGGUUGAUGUGGUGAGUAUACAUUCCAACAUCUUGUCUAGUAGCAUUGCAGAAAUUAGUAACCGCGAGGCAAGAAGGAAUACUAGAAGGAUGUUUUGGGAUGCUUUCUCAAGAAACAGUUUUAGGCAGAAUAGUGAUUUGCCAACCAUUGUUUUUACAACUACUAGUCAUGCUGAUGAUCUAGGAUCUCAUGACAGAUGGCUCCUUGAUUUUAGUGGUGAUCUUCAUUAUGAUGGCAGUGGUAGUGAGUCUAGAUACCCUGGCACUAGGAGUGAUCGUAGAAGUGGACGACAACGGCAAUCAAGAUUUGAGAUGCCAGAAGGAUUUCAUGAUGUCCAUGAUGAGCUAGGCUGGCAAGGUUCGUUGUGUUCAAGAAGGCGUCAUCCACGCGGUACAUGUUCAUGUGGAUCCUCAUUCACUGAUGAGGAGUCCAGUAGCCGUGCAAACAUUUCACAAAUAUUCAUGCUUGCAGAUGCACUUUUUGAGGUGCUUGAGGAAAUUCAUCAACAUCGCAUGUCUCUUUCGCAGUCUAUGCUCACUCUUCCUGCUCCUGAUGUUGUUGUAAAUUCGUUUCCCCUCAAGAAUCAUAAAAAGCCAUUUGAAACUGAGAGUGGGAUGCGUGAUGCACAACAGUGUCACAUUUGCUUGGUCGACUAUGAGGAAGGGGAUGAAAUUAGAGUUCUUCCAUGUUCUCAUGAAUAUCACAUGUCAUGUGUUGAUAAAUGGCUCAAAGAAGUACAUGGGGUAUGUCCUCUCUGCAGAGAUGAUGUUUGCAAGGGUGUUGCUGAAGGUUCUACCUCAUACCAUGGCACCCAUCAUCGUCCGUCCACCCCUUUAUAUAUCAUAUUGAGUUUUUGUUGAGAAAGUUCAAUCUACUAGCAAAUGGUUUGAAGAGAUGGGAUGGAUCAGAGAGAAGAUUGGUAAUGCAAUGCACUGAAGUUGAUAGGCGCUUGUAUCCCUUGUGAUUAUAUUGUGAAAUGCUCUAUGAAAUAGGUGAGGUUGGCAGCUGAAUCUUCGGAAACAAGAUAGUUGAAGCUUUGUGGAAGAUGAAGUUGGAAGAAGAAUUUCCCUUUUUGUCAUUUUGGGGAAGCAUUGACUUGAUUUUAGCUGAAAGGCCCAGAAAGGGUUUGGAUCAUGCUACUGUCAGCUGCAUUGACUAUUAUAGGCUUUUACUCAUGGUAACUAAAAACCUUCUGAUACCAAACAGCAUAACAGUUUCACCGGAUGGAUAAAUGCAAUGGCAAUUCAUUUAGGUA